UCUCUCUCUAGAAACUCCUCACCUCUCUCUCUAGAAAAUCCCCACCUCUCUUUCUAAGGUACUCUUCUUUUAUCUAGGGUUCUUCUGUCUUGCUUUCCUGUAUUCCGGUCAUCGUCUACAAUCUCUGGAAGGUUCUCUUAGCCUGUGCGCUCUGGUUCUCUCUCUACUCUCCGCAAGGCUCUUUUGCGAUUCUCUCUCUUAGGUAUUCUCAUCAGUUUCUCUCUAAGGUAAUACACUCUGAUUUUGAUCCUUUCUCCUUCGAUACACUCUCUCUCUCUCUGGAAAGUCUGGUUUGGAUCCUGUAGAUGCUACUUUCUCUCUCUAUACUCUCUGAGGUACUCUCAGUUGUGUACUGGACGCUGUGGUUUGCGAUCAACUCUCUCGCUUCAUGACGGAGCACAAGGAGGACUCUGGUUCGGUGGUGGAGUCCGUGAUGGACAAGAUAACUGAGACAUUUCAUCAUGAUGAUGGAUCAUCGUCAUCUUCGGAUUCAGAUGAUGAGAAAUCUUCCAUUUCCUCGAAGAUUAAUCGCUUGUUUGGAAGGCAGAAACCUGUGCACAAGGUCCUUGGUGGAGGAAAGCCUGCUGAUGUGUUUUUGUGGAGAAACAAGAAGAUUUCAGCAAGUGUGCUUGGAGGGGCAACCUUGAUCUGGAUUCUCUUUGAAUGUCUUGAGUAUCACUUCGUCACACUUCUUUGCCAUUGCCUCAUACUCACCCUUGCUCUCUUAUUCCUCUGGUCCAAUGGAACUGCUUUUAUCAACAAGUCGCCACCUCACAUUCCUGAGGUUAAAAUUCCAGAGGAUGUUGCCACCAACAUUGCACUUUCUCUGCGAUAUGAAAUUAACCGAGCUUUCUCUGUUCUGCGUGAUAUUGCAUCAGGCCGUGAUUUGAAGAUGUUUCUCACUGUGGUAGCUGGCUUGUGGGUUCUUUCAAUUUUGGGGAGUUGCUGCAAUUUCCUUACACUUUUCUACAUAACUUUCGUGGUCCUACACACGGUCCCUGUUCUGUACGAGAAAUACGAGGACCAAGUUGACUCUUUCUCAGAGAAGGCAAUGAUUGAAAUCAAGAAGCAGUAUGCUGUUUUUGAUGCCAAAGUGUUGAGCAAGAUCCCUCGAGGACCGCUAAAGAGCAAGAAGCCUUAAAGGGUGUUGCAGAUGUUUCUUACAGUUGUAAUGCCACAUGGAUAGGUAGCUCAUAUUUUCUAGUGUUGUUACUGACACUAUUUAUGUGAAGCGCUUUCUGAGGGACACAGUUCCUUGCUAGGAUGAAUGUGGUAUUGUUUUGGAUUUGUUUUAAGUUCACAAAAUUUGUGGUUUCAAUGUAUAUGCACUUAUAUAUUCCUUUCAGCUUUUUCAUGAUAAUCCCCACUGUGUGCUUUCACUAGUUGCUGUAUUUUAUGCAUUCUCCCCCACUAUUCAUUGGUUGGUGGUUUUUCGGGGGUUUGAUCUGCAGAUUUAUGUAUUGUUCUAUUGAUACAUUUUGGUAUUCUUGGAACCAUUAGGUGCUUUGGAAAUUGGGUUGAUCAUUUGAAUUC